AUGGAGCACGUUGCAGGCUAUGCUCUGUGCUUGGAUAUGACAGCCCGGGACGUUCAGGAUGAGUGUAAGUCCAAAGGUCUACCCUGGACUCUGGCUAAAGCUUUCAACACCUCCUGCCCGGUCAGUGAGUUCAUCCCCAAAGAGCGCAUCCCUGACCCGGGCAACGUGAAGCUGUGGCUGAAGGUGAAUGACCAGCUGCGGCAGAACGGCUGCACCUCCCAGAUGAUCUUCUCCAUCCCAUAUCUCAUCAGCUACAUCAGUGAGUUCAUCACCCUGGAGGAGGGGGAUCUCAUCCUCACCGGGACCCCUAAAGGAGUCUCCGCCGUGCAGGAGCAUGAUGAGCUGCAGGCUGGGAUCGAGGACGUUGUCACCAUGAGCUUCAGAGUGGACAGACAGGACCAAUAA